AUCCCGAGUAUAAAAUAGCAUAUGGAAGCAGCUUGCUUUCUCUUCCUUUGUUAAGGCAAGAGGUCCCCAAGACCAUUGGAAAGGAACAGGACCCACCCUCGAGAUUUUAUGUCUGGCUGUUAUUUGUGAUGCCAAAGAUUUGGCCUAAGAGCUCAGCUCACAUUUGGAAGGCCGAGGUCUCGUGGCUCUGGAGAUGGGCGGUUUGAAGGUCGGUGUCCAGACGGAUCGGAGUGUUGUGGCAGAUGGAAGAUCUAAGGCUGUGUGCCCAGAGACCUGAGCUCAGAAAAAGCACACAAUGGACUUCUAACACCAUAAGCCAGCGAGUUGUUUGUAAUGCCUCCCCUCUCGCUGUGAAACAGAGACACAUCUUUCUCCCUUAUGAGGGAGAGAAAGAAUUGUGAAUUUAUGUUUAGUUGAUGUUGUUCUUGUGAAGGUUGGGAUGCUAAUGCUGUAUGCCUGCAAUGCAGCUGCAGCAAUCUUGUGCCUUGGAGCCUCCCUACCAGGCAGUGAUGUAACCAGCCAAUAUGUGCUUCACUGAAUAUCUACAGAAAUUUGCAAGAGUCUUUGGUGGCAUAACAACUCUUGAUUUUUUCAAAACAUUUCGAUUGUAAACAAAGCAAAAUCAAGAGUGUGCUGGAAUACUCUCCACUUGCCUGAGUAAAUGCAGCACCCUCAACUCUCAGCAAAGCCAACAGCAUCCAGAACAAAACAAACUGCUUGAUUUCACCUGUAAGUAUUUGUGCCCUUUGCCACCAAUUCACAAUACCUUCAUCAACAGUGUGCAACAUCAACAAAACGCUCUGCAUUUACUCACCCAGGUUACUUAGACAAAAACUCCUAACCAGGAAGGACAAAAACAGCAGGCACAUUGGAACACUGCCAUCUGCAGGUUCUCAUCCAAGAUCAGCACCACCUUGAUUUGGAAAUGUACUUCUGCUCCUUCAUUACGUCCUAGAGCAGGCAUGGGCAAACUACGGCCCGGGGGCCAUAUGCGGCCUGUUAAGCUUUUUAAUCCGGCCCGCAGAACUUGAUGAAAUUAUAUUAAUAAACCUUGUUAAUGUUUUUUUCCCCGCAAUUCUGGUGUUUUCCCAAUAGAUGACGCACUCUAUAUACAUUGACCUUUGUUGAGGUGCAGCGUAUUACUCCACAUUUGCGCUUUACUCUUUGACCUCUCACCCUUUCUGUAAAGAUGAGUGGAGCUAAGAAAAGAAAAGUGGAUGGAGAAUGUCGGGUGUUUAAUAAGGAGUGGACAACUAAAUAUCUUUUUACCGAACACCGAUCAACUGCUGUAUGCCUGAUAUGCCAAGAGACUGUGGCGGUUUUUAAAGAACAUAAUAUCAGCCAUCACUUUGCCACAAAACAUGCCAACUAUGCUAGCAACCAGUCAACGAAAGAACGGGAAGCUAAUGCUCAGAGGUUGGCAGCUAAUUUACAGGCUCAACAAAAUUUUUUUCACCGUCAAACUGCCAUUCAUGAGUCAAGUACCAAGGCGAGUUUUAUGCUGUCAUUCAAAUUAGCAAAGGCCAGCAAGCCUCUGUCUGAAGGCGAGUUUUUAAAAGAAUGUAUGGUGGAGGCAGCAGGUGUAUUGUGUCCGGAGAGCAAAGACAAAUUUGAAAAAAUCAGUUUAUCACGCAGGACAGUGACUCACCGUGUGGAACUGAUAGAUGAAGAUAUAACCAGCGACUUAAAUAGAAAGGCAGAGUCGUUCACGUUAUAUUCAUUAGCACUGGAUGAAAGCAACGAUGUAAAAGACACUGCUCAGCUCCUCAUUUUUAUCCGAGGAAUUAACAAUACUUUUGAAAUAACGGAGGAGUUUUUGACAAUGGAGUCUCUGAAAGGAAAAACACGGGGAGAGGACUUGUAUGACCAGGUGUCUGCUGUCAUUGAAAAUAUGAAGCUCCCUUGGAGUAAACUUAUCAACGUCACCACAGAUGGAUCUCCUAAUUUGACGGGGAAAAAUGUCGGCCUGCUGAGGAGAAUACAGAAUAAAGUGAAAGAUGAAAAUCCUGACCAGGAUGUUAUUUUCCUUCACUGCAUCAUCCACCAGGAAUGUCUAUGUAAAUCGGUAUUACAGCUGAAUCAUGUUGUGAAUCCUGUCAUAAAACUUGUCAACUUUAUACGUGCAAGGGGACUUCAGCACCGUCAGUUCAUCACGUUCCUGGAGGAAACUGAUGCGGAUCACCAGGACCUACUUUAUCACUCCCAUGUCUGCUGGUUAAGUUUGGGCAAAGUGUUUCAACGAGUAUGGGAGCUCAAAGAGGAGAUCGAUGCAUUUUUGGAGUUACUGAGGAAGGCCGGCGAAUUUCCUGAGCUGAGCAACAAGAGCUGGCUUUGUGACUUUGCGUUUGCUGUGGAUAUAUUUUCACACAUGAAUGAACUGAACGUGAAGCUACAGGGGAAGGAUCAGUUUGUGCAUGACAUGUACACAAACGUGAAAGCCUUUAAAUCCAAGCUGGCUUUUUUCUCCAGGCAGAUUUUGAAUAAGUUAUUCACUCAUUUUCCCACACUAGCCACGCUGGAAGAGGCCGGCGCAAAUGUGAAAAAAUACAGCGAGUCACUGGAUGCGCUGCACAGAGAAUUCUGCCGUCGCUUUUCUGAUUUUGAAAAAAUUGACAAGUCCCUUCAGUUGGUGGCCUAUCCCCUGUCACAAGAUCCUGAAACAGCACCAGAGGAGCUGGAACUGAUCGACCUUCAGUCUGACCCCGUCUUAAAAGAGAAGUUCAACUCUCUUAAACUGAAUGACUUUUAUGCUUCACUUGGUAAAGAGGUGUUUCCAAACCUCCGGAGGACGGCACAGAAGAUGCUGGCAUUGUCGGCUCGACCUAUUUGUGUGAACAGGCGUUCAGCGUCAUGAACAUCAACAAAGCCAGCCACAGAUCCAAGUUAACUGACCAACACCUCAGAUCCAUCCUGAGAAUCGCCACAACAAAACUAAAUCCAGACUUUGAUGCGCUGGCUAAAAAGGAGACCAACAACACUGUUCCCACUGAAAUUAAAAAUAAGUUUCUUCGUUGUGUUAUGUAAAAAAUGCAUUUGAAAAUAUUUUUUUCAAUAAGCCUUACAUGUUACAUGUCAUUUCUGUUAAGUGAUGGACAUGAGUCGUGCGCAGGUGCACGUACGUUCUCAAAAUAAAAAAAUGCGCUCCAGAUCAAAUAACGCGCUCCGCAUACUGGCGCGCUGUCACUGUUCUGUCCUUGUGCUGGUCGUUGUUGAGUUUUGGCACAGGGGACAAUUGAAUAAGAAGGAGCAAGAUAAGUAGACCUGCAUCUCCUACCGUUUUUGAAAUAAAGACAGUCAGGAGGAGGGUGAUGAUGAUAAUAUCUUGAAGGAUAACAGAAUUUUCAGUGCUUUAAAAUAAUAACUGUUACUAUUAAAAAAAGCUGUAUUUUAUUCAUUUAAUUUUCAGUGUUUUAAAAGUCAUUUCAAUAAAUAGCUAAAUACCAUGGGACUUCAAAGACAGAUAUUUUGUUGUAAUGCAUUUGUUCAUUUUCAAUUGAAAUUAAAGCACAUGUUUUCUACAUAUCCCAUGAUAUUUUAUUUUGUCUUAUGAGGUGUAUUACCAAAACACUCCGUCCAUCUGCUCCUGGUCCGGCCCCCCUGUCAAAUUUUAGAACCCUUUGUGGCCCACAAGUCAAAAAGUUUGCCCACCCCUGU